GAUCGACCACACACUACCGCACAGUAGGUGGCGGCAUGCACAAACAAAAUGUGCAACCGCCAUGAUACCAAAGAAGAAGAACUGCUAAACGUUGUUAGGCUUUAGCUUCUGGAGAGCGUCAGAGAGGGAACGAGGGCGGCUACAUUUUUGCAAUGCCGAAUAAAGCGAAAAAAGAGAAGGAGUCGGGAAAAUUUGUAAAAACUGGAGGUCAAGAAAACGACCAUGAGGGUUCCAAUAGGAAAGGCAGUAACAGCGUCCCUCCCGCCACUCAGCUGCUGAAGGGCAAGCAGCCGGGUUCCCAGACGCCGGUCAAGAAGGACAAGAGGCAGAGCUCGUCCCGCUUCAGCCUCAGCAACAACAGAGAGCUGCAGAAGCUGCCUGCCUUCAAAGAUGUCCCUCCGGCGGAGCAGGAAAAGUUGUUUGUCCAGAAGCUGCGUCAGUGCUGCGUCCUGUUUGACUUUCUGUCGGACCCUCUGAGCGACCUGAAAUGGAAGGAGGUGAAACGGGCAGCGCUCAGCGAGAUGGUGGAGUACAUCACCCACAACAGGAACGUCAUCACAGAGCCCAUCUACCCAGAGGUGGUGCACGUGUUUGCAGUGAACAUGUUCAGGACAUUGCCUCCAUCAUCCAACCCCACAGGGGCUGAGUUUGACCCAGAGGAGGAUGAGCCCACUCUAGAGGCCGCGUGGCCACACCUCCAGCUCGUCUAUGAGUUCUUCCUCCGGUUUCUGGAGUCUCCAGACUUUCAACCAAAUGUGGCCAAGAAGUAUAUCGACCAGAAAUUUGUAAUGCAGCUAUUAGACCUGUUUGACAGUGAAGACCCUAGGGAAAGGGACUUUCUAAAGACCACUCUGCAUCGCAUCUACGGAAAGUUCCUGGGCCUGAGAGCGUACAUCAGGAAACAGAUCAAUAACAUAUUCUAUAAGUUCAUUUAUGAAACAGAACGUCAUAACGGAAUAGCAGAGUUAUUGGAAAUAUUAGGAAGCAUUAUCAAUGGCUUUGCCUUACCGUUGAAAGAGGAGCACAAGAUUUUCCUGUUGAAAGUGUUGCUGCCUUUACACAAAGUCAAGUCCCUUAGUGUCUAUCACCCACAGCUGGCUUAUUGCGUGGUGCAGUUUCUAGAGAAGGACAGCACUCUCACAGAACCGACGGUGAUGGCUCUGUUGAAGUACUGGCCGAAGACACACAGUCCAAAGGAGGUGAUGUUCCUCAAUGAGCUGGAGGAAAUCCUGGACGUCAUCGAACCCUCUGAGUUCGUCAAGGUCAUGGAGCCUCUCUUCAGACAGCUGGCCAAGUGUGUGUCCAGCCCUCACUUCCAGGUGGCAGAGAGAGCGCUGUACUACUGGAACAAUGAGUACAUCAUGAGUUUGAUCAGUGACAAUGCUGCCAGGAUCCUCCCUAUCAUGUUCCCCUCGCUCUACCUCAACUCCAAGACCCACUGGAACAAGACGAUCCACGGUCUGAUAUACAACGCCCUGAAGCUCUUCAUGGAGAUGAACCAGAAGCUGUUUGAUGACUGCACACAGCAGUUCAGAACAGAGAAGAACAAAGAGAAGGCCAAGUGGAAAGAGAGAGAAGAGGCGUGGGUGAAGAUUGAAAAUCUGGCCAAGUCCAACCCUCAGUUCCUGGUGUAUGUGGACCCGUCAGACCUGGGUAGUCCUAUGGAGACAGACGGACCUAUGAUGGAGGAUGUUAACAUCUUGAAGAAGACCAUAGCGGAAGAAGCCACACAGCUCCAGAGGAACGAGCGCAAGGAGCGUCCGCUGGUCAGGAGGAAGUCUGAGCUGCCUCAGGACAUCUCCACCGUCAAGGCCCUGGAGACGCACCGGAGGGCCAAUGAUAUGGUCACACCACACGACGGACACUAAAGACACACGCACGUACACGAACAAACACGUACAGACAGUCUCUCUCUCUCACACACACACACGCACGUACAGACAGUCACACACACAGACGUACAGACAGGCUCUCUCUCUCACACACACACACGCACGUACAGACAGUCACACACACAGACGUACAGACAGGCUCUCUCUCUCACACACACACACACGUACAGACAGUCG